AUGAACCCUGAUAUGGACUUCGACGACGAUGAAGCGCCUAUGUUGGUUACUGCCGGUCAAUCGGAAGAUGUCGAUGGCCUGUCAAAUGAUGUCGACGACAAGAGUUUGACCAGGGUUCCCAUCACUAUAAUUACUGGAUACCUGGGUGCUGGCAAAACAACUUUGAUGAACUAUAUCCUGAAUGAACGUCAUGGAAAGAAGAUUGCAGUCAUUCUAAACGAAUUUGGAGACUCUGCAGACAUUGAAAAAAGUCUGACUGUCAGUCAAGAGGGUCAACAAGUCGAAGAAUGGCUUGAACUCGCCAACGGCUGCCUAUGCUGUUCUGUCAAAGACACCGGUGUCAGUGCUAUUGAAUCGCUCAUGGAGAAGCGUGGAGCUUUCGACUACAUCCUACUAGAAACGACUGGUCUGGCAGACCCCGGAAACCUUGCCCCUCUCUUCUGGGUCGACGAUGGUCUCGGCAGCACAAUCUACCUUGACGGCAUUGUUACUCUAGUAGAUGCGAAAAACAUCAUUCGCUGCUUGUCUGAGCCCACGCCAUCAGAGACGCAAACGGAUUCUACUGAACAUGCUCACGGCCCUCAUCUCAGCACUGCACAUCUACAGAUCUCCCAUGCAGAUGUGAUAGUAAUCAACAAAGCAGACUUGGUGUCAGAAACCGAGCUUAAGCAAGUCAAGGCGAGGAUCUCGUCCAUCAACGCUUUGGCAAAGAUCCACGUCACAGAGCACAGCAAGGUCCCGGCACUAGAAGGCGUACUACUCGACUUGCACGCUUACGACAAAGUGGACGCUGACAGUAUCGACUUUGCCAGCAAAGGUCACAGUCAUUUGGAUCCUGCAAUCUCAACUACUACCUUGACGCUACCGCCUCUUUCCUCUGCGCAGCUGAACAAAUUGGACACGUUCUUGCGAAACAUCCUCUGGACACGCUUCUUCAUCUCACAUCCCGAAGCUGAGGGAGUUUCGGUAGAGUCAGCGGGCUCGAGACCCGAGAUUCAUCGUACCAAAGGACGUCUUGUAAUGCAAGAAGGCGGCGUCAAGCUUCUGCAGGGUGUGCGUGAAGUCUUUGAGUUUAUUGAUGCUUCUGAUGUCGGCGCAUCGAAUAACGAUACUGGCAAGAUUGUCUUUAUUGGCCGUAAUCUGGUCCCUGCAGCGCUGCAGAAAAGUCUUGAAGAAGCUGUUUUGGCAUAA